AUGAUUUUGUUUUUUGAAAUAUUCAGAAUGGAGCGGUGUAUUGAGUGCGGCUUAAAAUACAAAGACAACGAUGUUCAGUCAGACAGGCUUAUUGUUCUUAUUGGAGGCCUUGGAGACACGCAUAAAGGGUUCUACACAGACGUUCUGAUGAAAUUUGGUGUGUAUUAUGGAAUUAGAGUCUUUAGUCUGGGACUUCGGUCAAUGCCAGAUUAUAAUUACUAUACAAUACAUGAUGAUGUAGAAGAUGUACAGAAGUUUUACAAGGCCUUAGGAAUGGACAAGUACGCUGGGGUCUGGUACAUUGGGCACUCAACCGGAUGCCAGGUGCUUAUGCUAUUUGCAUCUAAAAAGGUGUAUAGAGAGAGUGAAGUUAUUAUUCUGCAGGCUCCAGUGAGUGACCGAGAGUAUGAAGAAAGCACCAAUCCAAAUCUUCUGCGCACUCUGGAAAUUGCACGGAAGCUAAAUGAAAUAAUGCAGUUUGAAAAUCAGAAGGAGGAGUUAGAUGAGCGAAAACACCAAAUGGUUCUUUAUAUGAGGCACAAUGGCCUUCCGUUUAGAGCAGACCGAAUUUUAAGUUUAUUUGAAAAGUCUGGAGAUGAAGACUUUUUUUCUAUUGGCCAGAGCACAGACAGCGCGAAUGGAUCUAAGACUAAAGCAUACGCAGUAGUCAGCAAAAGCGAUGAAUAUAUGGUGUCUCCCAUCAACGAAGUUAUAGAACAACUGAAAAGAAUAAAAAAUAUGCAAGGUGUCUACACAAUAGAAGCAGACCACAGUCUGGUGUACGGAAUGGAUAAGUUUCUGAAAAUUCUAGAGUGCAUUAUCAACCAAAGGGAUAUAGCAACUGAAUAG